UAUAUAAACCAGAUCACCCAGUUAGAUGGUCAUCAUAUCGCAUCAAGUCAUAGCGUAAAGAAGUGUAAAGAAGGAUUAUUUUCGUAAACUAAAUACCACCAGCAUUUAACUAAAAAUGGCUGUUCUACAAUACUGUGUUGUUCUCGCCCUGUGCUUUUUAUCACUAACAUCAUGUGCACCAUCACCACUAUUUUUCGGACAUAAACAUCAACACGUCGUCAUUCAUGUUCCCUACAACGUUCACACCGUUCAUCAUCAUCAUGUUGAAAAGGUUCCAAUCUACAAACACAUACCGGUUUACAAGCACAUUCCUGUCUACAAAGAGGUACAUGUGCCGGUCGUUAAGGAAGUGCAUGUACCUGUUCAUGUGCCGGAAUACAAGGGAUGGAGCAGCUCAGGCUGGUGGUAAAAUUGUUUCGUUCACCAAAAGUAGGAUAACGAAGAAAUACAACGAUCACAGCAUAUAAGACUCGAAAUGUGGAACGACUGAUUUUUCCGAUAAUGAACACAAGUUUGAAAAAUAUUUCCUAAAAAGCUUACUACUCCAUCAGUCUUCCUUAACAUUACCGUGUUGUGUGCGUAUACCAAUUAAAUAUUCUUCGGUCUACAUUGUGUAAAUAAGUUAUAAAUUUAGUGUGUAGUCGUAAGGUGUGUUAUAUGUAUUAUUAGUCUGAACGAUCAUAGGUAAUCUGUUACAAGAAGUUUCCGAUUAAGAUAGAAUUGGGCAACCUUUUGCAGACAGCUGUUAUGCGAUGAACUCUGAAUGUUAAAAAUAAGAAAGUGGAGGAACUUGUUUGUAUCAACCCAUUGGAAAUGUUGCCAUCAAAAAAUGUAAAAGAUACGAUAAUUGUUAUCUUAAGGUCAUGGAUGCUGUCUGUGAAAGGUUAAACAGAUCUUUGUAAAAAGAAUACGAAAA